AUGUUCCGCGUUGUGGUUCUGUUUGCCCUAGUGGCCGUUGCAGUAGCCGGUUAUGCUCAUUCUGAACGGGGCUACAAUCCCAAGUAUGUCACUCGAAAGGUCUUCCACCAUCAGCCGCACCAUCAUCAGCACCAUCAGCAUGCCGAGGAAGAGGAAGCCAAACCCGUGGAGCACCACCAUAAGCAUGAGGUGGAGCAGCACGAUCAGUUCCACGACUUCUACGCCCCGAUCAACUACAAGUUCGAGUACGGCGUAAAGGACCCGCACACGGGCGACCACAAGACGCACUGGGAGGAGCGCACCGGGGACGUGGUGAAGGGUGCCUACACCGUGCUGGAUGCGGACGGUAGUUCGCGGCUGGUCGAGUACACGGCCGAUCCUCACCACGGGUUCAACGCGGUGGUCAAGAAAAUCGAGCACGCUCACGUUCCGGCCAAGGAGCAGAAGCCGGCACCGGUCGUGGAUCAUCAUCACGAAAAGGCGCACGACGAACAUUCGCAUCAGCUCGUGCACCAUCACCACCAGGAGCAUCAAGGAUACGGACACGGCGGAUACCAUUAA